CAAAAUAGGUAUUAUCAUUUUGAACGAAUUGAAUACUUUUUACAUACAUUUAAAUUAGGGACGAUAAUAUUUAAAGGAAAUAAGUGAUGUGAAUAUUUUUUUGCUCUGGAUAUUACUGCUACUAACUGACUGAAAUUAUUUUUUAUAAAAAAAUGGCCCAUGUGAAUGCAAAUAAAACCCUAAAGGGACCCUUGAUCAAUAAAGCAUUGUGUCGUUGCUGCCGUUCGAUAAAGAAAUGUCGUCUUCUCACCGCUGAAUACGAGUUCAAAGGCUCCAAGGAGGUGUAUUGUGAUAUGUUUACAGACGUGUUUGGUCUUCAUCUGCCACAUUUAGACAGCGACAGCAUGGAGUGCUGCAUAUGCGCCAUCUGCGUGUCCCGGUUGCGCGAGGCCAGUGACUUCAGGAAGCAAGUGCUGCAGUCCGAGCAGUUGCUUUUAGAUUCACGCCUCAAGGAUUCAGAAAUUGAGACAAAUAUAGACAAAACUAUACAAACUGUAGAUGUGACAAAAAUAAAAUCAUUGAACACAACGAGUAACAAAAUGGAAGUUGAGGAACCUCUGAGUACAGCAGACAAGAUACGGAAGCUGUAUACAAUAAUGAAGGAAUCCAUAAACCAAGAAUCGUCGGAUGAGAAGUUGAAAACAAUAAAAGCAAUCGAACCCAUCGACCAAGAUGAGAUGGUCCAUAAUAAUACUGUUGUGAUUAUCACCUACUCAUACGCGUGUCCAUUCCGUAACAGAAUAAGCUUCUACUACUGCUUCUAUUGCAAUGACGUUCAAUUCACGAACCCCAUAGAACUCAGAGAGCACACGUUAACGCACGACCCAAAACUAUUCGAGAAAAAGUUAACACAUUAUAAUAGGAUACCGAUAGUGGAUAUCACGAGAAUCGAUUGCAGGCUGUGCCCAGAAAAAAUAUAUAGUGUUGAAACGUUUAAAACCCACAUAACUUCUAAACACCAAAAAGUCCUCUACCCUGUGACCAACGAGUUUUUAAAAUUUAAAUUGACUCCAAACAAUUUAACUUGCACCGAAUGUAAUUCAGUUUUUACUUUCUUCGAUGCGUUGAAGAAACAUAUGGUUGGUCAUUUCGGUACUCAUACGUGUGACAUAUGCGGCACGUGCUUUCUGGAGCCCGCGUCCUUGCGCACGCACAUAAAGACUCACAAUAAAGUGGACGCGAACUACCCCUGCGAGAUAUGCGGGAAGAAUUUAAAAUCCAAAUACAGUAUGGGGUUGCACGUUGCGACGGUACAUGAGAAGAAACCCACGGUCAACUGCUACAAAUGCGACGCGGCGUUCCUCUCGUACGCGUUACGCAACCGCCACCUGAUCGAGGCGCACGGCGACAAGCGCACGUUCCCUUGCAAGUUGUGCGAUAAGGUUUUUCGGAUACGGAAAAAUUUGGCGGAGCACCAUAGACGUUGUCACGUGAAGGCCUUCAACCAUCAAUGCGUCAUUUGCGCGAGGACGUUCUACUUACCUUCAAUCUUGCAAGCGCAUAUGGCAACUCAUACAGGAGAAAGGAAUUUUAAGUGUAAACACUGCGAUAAGAGCUAUUCGGGUCUCAAGUCGUUAAAUUGGCAUAUGCGUUCACACAAAUGAUAAAAGAUAAAGAUAAAAGAUAGAAGGAGGAAGAAAAAGGAUUUUAAGUGUAAACGUUGGUAGAGCUACUAGGGUCUGAAGUAGCUAAAUUGUGUUCACUAACUCCGAUCCACUCUGCUGUAGUGGACUGACACCUUUAGUGCUGACAAUUCAGUUUUGAAGUUGUGUACAAUCGAAUUUACAGGUUUGCCCGUGGUGGUUUACGUGUUUUUAAUAAAUUGUUG